AUGUCGAAGUCAAACAUGCGAGCUGGAUACAAAGAGUUAGUUGUGUCAUCCUCGCACGACUUGAAUUAUAAACAAAAGGUUUUUCGUGAAAUAGCGUUCGAGGCUGAGCUAGAUCGCCACAUUGUUCCCGAAUGUGAAGACCAGGCCCGCAUGCAAUGUGGAGAGGAACCUGAUAACCGGUGGAAUGCAGUGAAGGAGCUUAGGAAUCUUAUACUAGAGAGAGGUGAAUGCAACCCGCCGCGGUUGGACGACGCGUUCUUGUUGCGCUUUUUACGCGCGCGCCGCAGUGUACCCGCGCGAGCUCAUCGCCUGUUGGUUCGGUAUUGUAAAUUUCGGGAAGAGAACCCUGAGCUUUGGAAGGGCGUGUACUGGUACGGCUUAGCACGGCUGGGAGAUAUCUUUGAAGGCGUCCUAUACGACAGACCAGAUGUCGGAAGAUUAAUCAUUGCCAGACUUGGGCAGUGGAAUCCGGAUGUAUUCCCAGCAGAUGACUUGGUUCGUGGCUGCCUUCUACUAUUGGAAGUAGGUAUAAUGCAACCCAAACUGCAAGUCUUAGGUGGAACUGCUAUUCUGGACUGCGAAGGGAUGACGCUAAAACACAUGAGACAGUUGUCUCCAUCUAUUGCUGUAAAAGUCAUGAAUGUAAUGGGGUUUGCAUUUCCCCUGCAUCAGCGCGGUGUGCAUAUUGUGAAUUGUUCUCGAGUGCUUGAAAAACUCUUCUACCUCUUUAGAAGAUUUGCGCCAGCAUCUGACCUAUGGGACAAAGUAUUUUUCCAUAGAGAAAACUACGUUUCCCUACAAAAACACAUAGAUCCCGAGUGUCUACCAGAAAGAUAUGGUGGUUUUCGCCAAUCAGUAACUCUUGGAGAAUGGUUAACAGCGAUAAAAAUGUAUAAGAGAGAUGACUUUGAUGCUGAUAUAAGUAGUAUUGGCUAUGCAAUUUAA